UGGUGAGUCGGGAAGGCUGUAGAAGGCGACGCGCUAGUUCUAGAAUCAGGAAGAUGUGUUUGCUUCGUUGGCUUUAUUCCUUCGGUAAUAAAGGGGCAAUUGAAGCAAAACCCGAUCGAUUUCCGGAAGACAAAUUCAGUUUGAGAGCAUAUUCAUUCGGUUAUGGCUCUGAAUCCUCCGUUGUUCCCGAACGGGAUGCCGGUGCCGUUUUUGAACGAGAUUUUUGUGUUGGCCAGAGACGGUGUGGAGUUCGAAGUCGAUAAAAUCCCUGGAGCUUCUGGUCAUGGUGGUCAGGUUAAAGCCAGAGGUACAAUCUUCUUGUCAAAUAUUAGAAUGGUGUUUGUUGCUGAGAAGCCUAUUGGGAACUUCUAUGCAUUUGACAUGCCCCUGCUUCAUAUUCGUGGGGAGAAAUUUAAGCAACCAGUAUUUCAUUGCAACAAUAUAUCUGGCUUAGUGGAUCCUAUCGUUCCAGAAAACGAGAGCAGGGCUCUGUACUCUCCUCAUUCAUUCAAGAUUUUGUUCAAGGAAGGUGGCUGUGGAACCUUUGUUCCAUUAUUUUUCAACCUGCUCUCUUCAGAAAGGCAAUAUAAUCAGCUAUCCAACCAGGAUUCAGAGCCUCGCGUCGAUCCCUUGCUGGCAGCACAGACUCCAGUGGAUGAAAUGAUGAGACAUGCAUAUGUUGAUCCUAAUGAUCCAACAAAAAUUUUCUUACAGCAGCCGACCCCUGAAUCUCAUCUGCGACGGCGCUCAUACCAUUCUGCCACUGCUGAAAACUACAUAUGAUCUUAUAAACAGUCGGAUACAAAAAAUAUAGUUUGUGUAGACUUGAAACUAUAUUUUGGUUGGUGGUGUGUAACUAUUGUGCAUAUAUGCUCUGUUACCAAAUUGUCAAAUGCAACCUUAGGUGGAUGUUCAAUGUUGAAGCUGCUUUUCUGUCUCUCUAAUUCCCCUUUUUUCUUAUGUGAUAAUACCUCAUGGUAACUAGAUUCAUGGUUGUAUGGUGAAAGCCAAUGCUUUUGUGCAAUGAAAAGAAAUUAGAUUCAA